UGUCUAUAAUUUCAGGAAUCAGAAAUCAUAGGGCUCUGAUCACUCAGCGUUCCUUGGUUGUCCUCCUGAUCUUGACUCAUUCUGAGUAAAAUCAUCAGAAACAUCUGACCAUGGGAUGGGGGUGGGGGAUUGCCCAAGUCCUUGGGAGAGGGGGAAAGUUGGGACUUGAGACCAAUAGGGCACUUCUGGAUUUAAAGGUAUUAAGAAUGGGGAAAUUUAAACUAUUCAGGUCUAGACCUAGUUUCCCUCUAGGACAGUGUGUUUCAUUAGGAAAUUUAAAAAACCCAUAAGCAUAAGCCUGUGUUCUUGAGGGUCUAUGUGUGUAAUCCAGCUAGAAACUGACUCUAGAUCCCAUGUGUUAUCCUUUUUGUUCCCAGGACCCCUUUUCCUCUUCGCACACAUCUGUUUAUGGAAGAAAAUGUUUGGGGUUGUGGUUUAGGGACUGAACUAGAUUCUUAUGAUCUGUCACAUGCCUGGAUGUUGAGGGAAGCAUUUGGUGAAGCUCAUAUGACUGGACCUGGAUUGGGGAUUUUAAUAAUUGAGACAGAUAAUGUUCAUCAUCCUACCAUCUGAGAGUUGUAGCAACAAAGAAGUCACAUGUGAAUUUGUCAGUGCUUAUGGCAUUGAUUCAAGUGCUGUCAUAAAUAACCAGGAAUACUGUUUCUGGUUACUUUUAGAACUGGUUUCAUCUGGACUUUUCUUGAUGUAUCCUUCCUCAGCAAAACCAUGUUAGUCUGGGGAAGAUAUUCCCCUGCCUGGAAGCAAUGACAACUUUUAGUCAACAAGUUUAUAAAAUACAAAUGAUUUUGGAGCCUGUGACUUCCCUUACAUACUUUUUUCUAGCCUUUUGUGUUCAUUUCCUCAUCCCUCAUGUGAGGGUCAGACAUAUUGGAAAACUGAGGUUUCAAAGUUGGAGAGAUGAAUAAUAACAGGAAAGGGACUGGAAAGUUGUAAUCCCCCAGUGUAAUAAUAUUUUGUCCACGAAAGAGAAGGUAAGCCGCAACUUGGAUAAUAUGUAUUGAGGUAUUUUUUUUGUCUGCUCUCAAAGGCAGGCAGCCACGUGAAACUAAAUACCUAACUCUCUGCCCUGGCACACAUGCUCCACAUGCGCACACAGAAACGAUGCAGAUCUGCUGCCUCCUUCCCUCCUCCCUAAUCCCCCUCUCUCAGCAUUUCUAUCUCCACUGCCCUCCCCAUCCAAAUUUUCCAGCCAACAGCUACAGUUGACUUCCGCAAUCCUGGUGGAAUAAAUCCAGCACCCCUAGUCAUCCGCCCACAUUAUCCACACUUCUCUGCUGAGACGAGCCCAGAGAACAGAUCCCCAUCAGCAGGAUGUGGGGGCUCAAGGUUCUACUACUGCUGCCUGUGGUGAGCCUUGCUCUGUACCCCGAGGAGAUGCUGAACACCCAGUGGGAGCUAUGGAAGAAGACCUACAGAAAGCAGUAUAACAGCAAGGUGGAUGAAGUCUCUCGGCGUUUAGUUUGGGAAAAAAACCUGAAGCAUAUUUCCAUCCAUAAUCUCGAGGCCUCUCUUGGUGUCCAUACAUAUGAACUGGCCAUGAACCAUUUGGGGGAUAUGACCAGUGAAGAAGUGGUUCAGAAGAUGACUGGACUCAAAAUACCCCCCUCUCAUUCCCGCAGUAAUGACACCCUCUAUAUCCCAGACUGGGAAGGCAGCCCAGACUCUAUUGAUUAUCGGAAGAAGGGAUAUGUUACUCCUGUCAAAAACCAGGGUCAGUGUGGUUCCUGUUGGGCUUUUAGCUCUGUGGGUGCCCUGGAGGGCCAACUCAAGAAGAAAACUGGCAAACUCUUAAAUCUGAGUCCACAGAACCUGGUGGACUGUGUGUCUGAGAAUGAUGGCUGUGGAGGGGGCUACAUGACCAAUGCCUUCCAGUAUGUGCAGAAGAACCGGGGCAUUGACUCUGAAGAUGCCUACCCGUAUGUUGGACAGGAUGAAAGUUGUAUGUACAACCCAACAGGCAAGGCAGCUAAGUGCAGAGGGUACAGAGAGAUCCCUGAGGGAAAUGAAAAAGCCCUGAAGAGGGCAGUGGCCCGAGUGGGACCCGUCUCUGUGGCCAUUGAUGCAAGCCUGACCUCCUUCCAGUUUUACAGAAAAGGUGUGUAUUACGAUGAAAACUGCAAUAGUGAUAAUCUGAACCAUGCAGUUUUGGCAGUGGGAUACGGGAUCCAGAAGGGAAACAAGCACUGGAUAAUUAAAAACAGCUGGGGAGAAAACUGGGGGAACAAAGGCUAUAUCCUCAUGGCCCGGAAUAAGAACAACGCUUGUGGCAUUGCCAACCUGGCCAGCUUCCCCAAGAUGUGACUUCAGCCAGGCAACCCCAUCCUGCUCUUCCAUUCCUUCCACAAUGGUGCAACAUACUGAUAUACCUUGGAAGGGAAUUGGUGUGCCUUUCUUGAAGAAGAUGUAAUGAUACAGAGAUUGUCUGUUCAGUUUCCAUGUUUGUUUGUGCUUCAAGUGACACUCCUACUACGUUUCUUCUCUCCACCCAAGGUCUUUAUUUUUUCAUUAGAAAUAGGAAAUUUCCCUAACAGGUAUGCAUUCUUAGGCUAAGAGAUGUGACCACAACCUGCCCUGACUGUGUUGUCCUGGGGCCAAUGCUGUGUAAAUAGAGGCUAGAGAUCUUCAGCUAGGCUAGAUUCUCAUUCACAGGGACUAGUUAGCUUUAACCACUCUAGAGGACUAAGGUGACCUGACUUCUCAGUCUCCACAUUUACUUCUAUAUCUUCAAGGUAGAAAUUCCACCCCAUUAAUAAAUCUAUUCAUAAAUCUUUGGUACAAGGUUACAUGAUACAACAAAUGUGUUUUGUUUUUCCUUCUUUGCAUUUAUAAAGUAAACUGUAUUUAUCGCUUAUCUCUAAUUUAAUAAAUAGCUAUUUAGUAAACGUUGAUUUUGUGUCAGAUACCAUGCUAGGUGCUGGAGACAAAAAGAUGAACAAAACAUAUUCCUUAUAUGUGAUGUGUUCACAAUUUGUCUGGAGAUUCUGCUGCAUAAACAAUUUGUCCUAAUUCAUUUAUUUGUUCAUUCCUUCAACAUUUUUAUUAUUUUUUUAAUAGAUCUUUAUUGGAGUAUAAUUGCUUCACAAUACUGUGUUAGUUUCUGUUGUACAACAAAGUGAAUCAGCCAUAUGCAUACAUAUAUCCCCAUAUCCCCUCCCUCUUGAGCCUCCCUCCCAUCCUCCCUAUCCCACCCCUCUAGGUCACUGCAAAGCACCGAGCUGAUCUCCCUGUGCUAUGCUGCUGCUUCCCACUAGCUAACUAUUUUACAUUUGGUAGUGUAUAUAUGUAGAUGCUACUCUCACUUCACCCCAGCUUCCCCCUCUCCCGCUGUGUCCUCAAGUCCAUUCUCUAUGUCUACGUUUUUAUUCCUGCCCUGCAGUUUCAUCAGUGAGAUGAACAUUUUUUUUUUUUAGAUUCCAUAUAUAUGUGUUAGCAUAUGGUAUUUGUUUUUCUCUUUCUGACUUCACUCUGUCUGACAGACUCUAGGUCCAUCCACCUCACUACAAAUAACCCAAUUUCAUUUCUUUCUAUGGCUGAGUAAUAUUCCAUUGUAUAUAUGUGCCACUUCUUUAUCCAUUCAUCUGUUGAUGGACAUUUACAACCAACAUUUUUAAAGUGCUUACUCAGUAUUAAGAAUUGUACUAAGAGACUGGUUCAAGAUGGUGGAGUAGAAGGACGUGCGCUCACUCCCUCUUGCGAGAGCACCGGAAUCACAACUAACUGCUGAACAAUCAUCGACAGGAAGACAGUGGAACUCACCAAAAAAGAUACCCCACAUCCAAAGACAAAGGAGAAGCCGCAAUGAGACGGUAUCAAGAGCUGCACUGGGGUCUAAAGAUUCUUCUCAACCACUCCUGUUCCUUUUCCCAUUACCCUUCAGAAGCACUGACCCUCAGUAAUUGUCUUACACUUCUAAUUCCCUCUUGGUGUCUGCUUCUUGGAGGACCUGAACAGGCAUAGCCUAUAAAUAACAGAAGACUAGUAUCUAGAACGUAUAUGUAAAAACAAACAAACUACAGAUUGAUGAGAUAAAAACAAAUAAUAGAAAAUUAGGCAAAAGACACAAACAGGCAAUCCACAGAAGAAAUCUAAAAAGCCAAUGAAUACAGGAAAAGAUGCCUGAUCUCAUAGAGAAAGCCAGGGCGUUGCAACAAAAACCCAAAGCAGCUAAACAAACAAAUAAAUAAAUAAAUAUAUUUAAAAACAAAAAAAGAUGAAGUACUUACCCAUCUUUAGAGACAUUCCCACAUGUGCAUAAGGAGACACACAGAAGAAUGCAUUGCAGAAUUAUUUGAAAGAGGAAAAGAACCUAGAACAAUCUAAAUGUACAGCAAGAGAAAAAUGGAUGAAUAUAUUGUGAAACAGAUAUGCUACGGAAUAUCAUACAGCUGUGAAAACAAAUAAGCCACAGCAAAAAUUUCCACGUGGAAUGGAAGUGAAAAACUGACUUUUGGCUGUGAAAAGUCCUAAUAAUGUAUACUUUAUUUAUCUUGAAAAGUUAAAAAAAAAGAAAUUAAAAAAAACAAAAAGACUUGUUUAUCCUCUAGUCUACAGGAAGUAAGUUGACAAGUACUUUUGAUAUGAUUUGUCUUGGCCACACUAGCUGCUGAAGGAGACUAAUUAUGAUUUUGUAAAUCUUUCAUCUAUUAAAAACAGAAAAAUGUAAAAAAAAAAGAAUUAUACUAAGUUUCAGGGAUUAAAUGGAUAUAAAAGUAUUUCAAUAUUUAAUUCUAUCUGUAUGGGGACCAGAUUAAGUGACACAUGAACCUAUGUCUUGAAAAAUAUCUUAAUGCCCUUUCUGAGGUUCUGGAACCUAAAAUUUUGCUAUCACCAAAAGAGGAGAUUGAAACUCUUUAUAAUGAUUCCCGAGCAGUAUCAAUUCUAAAAGAACUUAGCUGGCUAAUAAUAAAUCAGCACAACUGGUUUUGCCAUUUUUCGCAGAACGUUUAUUGAGCAUCUGUUAUUACCACUAGAAAGAGUUCACAUUUAUUGAAUGCUUACCAUGUGUCAGGAGCUACUUUAUUUCUUGCUGUGCAAAAAUUAUUUAUUUUUGUGUGUCAGUAUUUAUUACCAUGUGGUAAGCAGUGUAUUUAAAGCUACCAGGAUGAAACAAAUUAGUAAGACAUGGCCCUGACUUCUAUGAAUGUUAUAGACUAGUGACAGGCAUAUAAACAACUGAUAUCAAUAUUAUUAAUAAUAUCAACCAUAAUAAAAUAAACAUGAAUUAUGGAAGCUCAGGAAUGAGUCAUUCUUAAUCGAUUUUAGAUGUGGUUUCAUUGAAAACAGCUUUGAAAAACCUCAGUGAGCAGAGAAGAUUAGGGUUUGGAGUGGAUGAGGGAUUGGAGAGAUUUGGGUUGGGGGUGAGGAGUAGGGUUAGAGGAGGGAGGGCGGCGUAUCAGGCUGAAGGAUCUGGGUGAGCAAAGGCACCAAGAAAGCUGUGUGUGUGAAUGGUAAGAGCUGCAGUGGCUCUAAAUAUAGGGUGCACAUUCAUAUACAUGGUAGACUGAGGACAGAAAGUAGGUUGGAGGUGAGUCCUGGAAGGCCUUGAAAGCCUCUCAUGUCCCUAGAAGUUCAUAUUUUAUUUUAUAGACACUCAGGCAUUUAGUGGGCAUCAAAUAUUUUUUAGUAGGAGAAAGACACUAUCAGAUCUAUAUUUUAGCAGUAUUCCUCUGGCAGUGGUGUAAAGAACAAAUAACAGAUGAAGAACAAAAUGGAGAUGCAAGAAAUUGGAAAAUCAACAUUUAGGAGACACUGCACAUACUCUAUUUCUUCUCAAAGAAAGAAUACUUAAUGGAAGAAUGACUCCUGAACUUUUUUGAAGCUUGGGUAUGGGUUUGGCAGAUUGGGAGCUGUAAAAUGGCAUUCAGACACAAAGAACAGUAUACUGAAAUGUAUAGGCAUGAGAGACCACAUUCGAUAAUCUGCAAGUAGUUUUUGUUGAGCUUUGUAAAGACCAAAGACAAGCUUGAGAGAUGUCUGACUUCCAACUAGGCAAAUUUACACAUUUCUAUUAUUUUGAUUUCUUUCUUUUUGUCUUUCUGCCUAAAGAACAUCCCUUAGAACUUCCUUUUGUAUGGGUAUGUGGGCAACAAAUUUAUUUCAUUCCUGUAUGUAUUUGGGUUUAUUUCUAGAUUUUCUAUUCUGGUACAUCAAUAUGUAUAUCUAUCCUUGGCCAGUAUCACACAUUUAUAAUGUUUUAAUAUCUAGUCAGGUUAGUCUUCCCCUUAUUACUCUCUUUUUUUAGAUUUUUUUCCUGAAGAUUCUUGCUUUUUAUUUUUUCCAUGUGAUCUAUUGAAUUAGCUUGUCAAGUUGUCUAAAAUUCUGCUGGUAUUUUUAUUUGGAUGACAUUAAAUUUAUAUCUCUAAUUAGGGAAAAUUGACCUCUUUAUACUAUUGAACCUUUCUAUCUAAGAAUAAGAGGUGCCUUUAUAUUUUGUCAAGUAUUCUUUUGUGCCCUUCUUAUAGAUAUUGCCCAUUUCUUGCUAACCUCUUUUCUAGGGAGUUUAUCUUUUAUUUUUGCAGUUUAAAUGGGGUCUUUUCCAAUAUAAUUUUUAAUUGGAUGUAUAUUUGAAAGCUAUUGAUUUCUAUUAUAUUAGUUUUUGUACUCA